ACGGCUCGCAUGACAUUUCAACGCUUACGAAAGAACGUAAACACUUCACGUGCUUCUGUUUACUUUAUUGCAUUUUCGAUUUUGAACUCUUAGUUUGCUGUAAAUGAAAUCUAUUUUCAUUUUCAUUAAAUUCUUCCUCCGCGGAUCGUUUACGUAAAGUGACAAGUAAAAUCUGAAAAAGACAAUCCACAACAUGAAUACGCAACAAACAGUGCAAGUCGACACGGAACGAAGUUCUAUCGAAAUUUUGUGUCAAAACAAACGCAACAAAUAUCUGAAUUGCCUCAAAUCUCAUUUUCAUUUAAUGAAAUUAUUUUCGGUUGAACAUAAGAAGCUGUUGGAUCGAAUGCUGGUCUUGUCUACAAAACUCAACGUUAUCGAAAGUGACAACCGUCCAAAGUGUUUACUGUAUUCCAACGAACUGAUAUGGAGAGUGAGAGGCGAAAUCCUGAACACAUUGAAUUCAAUCACCUCCCAGAUCAGUCGAAAUUUGCAACAACAAUCUAAUUCGUUUAUCUGUCUGCGACAGUUUCACGAAGAAUUCAUCAUAACAUCGAAAGGUGUGGAUUGGAACGAUCAGUCACGUUUAUGCAAUGGAUCUGCUACCGAGAAGCCACUAAUUUACUAUGUUGAUCACUCUAUCGAUAUUAUGUACUGUUUACACAUUUACGAACAAGCCAUCCAGUUUAACAAAUCACAUAUCGAUGUAAGAGACAGCAGUUCAAUUGCCAGAUUAGCAAAUUCCGUGUCGAUACCACAAAAUUUCAAUGAUCGUAUCAUUGACGUACUGCUAAAUAGUUGUUUUGUUGAUAAGACAGAAAAAGUGAGAAAUAAAAGUUGAAUUCGGUUGAAAA